GCGCGCCGUCCGCUCCCGGCAUGCCUCGCGCCGCCAUGGCUGACCUGUUCGAUGGCAUUGUGAUGGCCGAGCAGAGGUUCCAUGGGGAGGGGUACCAGGAGGGAUUUGCAGAGGGCAGCCACGCUGGAAUGGCUGAGGGCAGGAGGUACGGAGCACUCCAUGGAGCCAGGAUCGGCUCAGAGAUCGGUUGCUACCUUGGGUUUGCACUGACGUGGCACUAUCUGCUCCAGAAAUGCACAGAUGAAAAGAACAGCAAAAAAAUAAGGGCUCUGGAUUCAUUAAUAGGGAUGAUUCAGAAAUUCCCAUAUGAGGACCCCACUUAUGAUAAGCUGCAAGAAGAUCUGGAAAAAAUCAGAGGAAAAUUUAAGCAGGUUUGUUCCAUGCUAAAUAUUCAGUCUGAUUUUAGAAUUCGUACUGAGAGAUCUUCAUUAACAUUUUGAAUGCAACAAAUGAAGAUAAACAUGGAUGACCAAAGGAAAAAACCAUUAAAAGAAGAGAAGUGGAAAAGUGUUUAUCUUCUUUUAUGUUAAAAAAAUCAAAAUAAUGAAGAGAUGGAUGUUAAAGGGGAAAGAGAAAAUCACUGGACUUGCAAUGUUAUUUAACAUUUAUUAUGUCCAAGUUUUAUUUAGGCUAUUACACACACUAGUGUGUAAAUCUGUUAAAUAGAAAUAUUUGUGUUCAUUCUUUGCUAGUCUUGUACUGAUAAUUCCUCAAAAGGAAAACAAGCAUUUGCACAGUUUCCUUGUUUAAAGGAUGCCUGUUACUUAAAAAUCUGUGUAUGCAGAUCAUUCGGUCUACACAAUGUGUAGAUGCUGUGGGUGAAGGAAAAUAAAAUCAAUUCCCCGCAGACUUUGCAGCAGGAAAGAAUUAUGUGGGCAGGGGAUGGAAUGAUAAAGGGGGUCAGAAUGCAGAGGAAAAGGAUGAAGAUAAUCUGCUCAGAAUAUGGAAUUUGUACCUGGAUUUUCCAGUAGUUUUGCAGACUGAUGGAGGGAAGGGAGCAAACUCCACAAAAUCCAACUCCAACAAGUUAACAAUUUAAAUGGUGGGUGAGAUAAACAUGACUGCCAGAAGAGCUGUGAUUCUCAUUGACUGCAUUUAUUAGUGCCUCUUACAGAGACCAGCUUUUUAUGUGCCAGCCUUGUAAAGUGACCUCUUUAGUUUCAUUUCAAAUCAAUGGAUGCUGCCAGCUGCAUGUAUUUAACUGUGUCAGUUGAGAGAAAUACCUGGAACAGGCUUUGGCUUGGGCUGCUGGAUGUCUUUGCAUUCCAGUUCUGUAAGGAAUUCCAGAAUUCCUUUAUCAGCUGUACCCUGUGUGUGUCUGGCUUUGCAUCCAUGGCACAGUGCAGCCUCAUAAAGACAGAUUUGAGGUUUUUGGUUUCUGUAAUUGUCUUACAUGUGAAUUUUGAUACACACAGGCAGUGUCAGAGCCAUCUAGUGGAUGUGUGGGAUUGUAGGACCUCAAAAAUAUUUGUAUAGGUGAAGUUGUUAAAAUAAACAGUACAAAAUAUACAUGCUCAUGAGAAUUCUAAUUAUGUGGAAAAUUUUUUUGAAAAGAGUAACACUGAGAUAGGAAUUAGUUUGUACUUGUUUCAUCAUUUGCAAAAAUGUCUAUAAAAGCAAGGGCAGGGUUGUGAGAGCUCCAAGUCGAGCAUUUGUUUAGUAGAAGUGUGUGAUAUGUGAGUAACAAGCCAAGGUGCUGCUCCAGAGAUUGUAUCAAACACAGGUAUUUUUGUUCAGCUCAGGAGAGAAAGGGUCUUUUGCAAUCAGAUGGUGACUGUUAGUUGGAAAAUUGGUUUGGUGGCUAAUUUUCUUGUAUUGCUUUAGCUUUAUUUUUAAUAAAAUAAUAUAAUAAAUUAUUAUAUAAAUACAUGUGUAUAUACUGAACUGUAAGUAUUGCAUCAACCAGGAUUUCCAGCUAGGAUGUACCAAGUUUGGGUUAUCUAUUAGGUCUUUAACUUUUUAAUUAGGUCUUUAAUUAAGUUUCGUAUGUGUGUACACACUGAUGGAAUCUCUUCUUCCCUGAGUCUCUAUUUUUCUGACUGUCUUCUGUUUCACACCUUGUGUGGGCCUGAUUUGGUUUAUGAAAUGAGGCAGAGUUCAAAACUCUGUUGGAUGUUCAGUUGUGUGCUUUCUUCAGUGCCAGUUUUUUUGUUUCCUGCAGUGAGUUGUGGGGGUUUGUGUGCCGUUCAGGGCUGUGGCAGCAGAACAUUCCCCGUAGCAUAGCCCACGGGUGACAUGGUGACACCACCUUCCCAAAAGCACCUCCAGGGAGGAAGGCAUCUGAGCAGGUCAGGAACACACAACACACCAUGGAUAGCUGCUCAACGGCAGGGAGUCAGGAAGGGUCUUUGUGUGGAGCUCCAGUGGGGUUUAUUGAAGCCACACACUGAAGUGGUCCAGGGACAAAGAAGGCUACGCUGAGGGUACAGGAUUAUAUAAGGGUCCAAGGGGGUGGAUCUGAGGGUCAGGGUCCAAUAGGGAUAGAGUGAAGUGGUCCAUAAGAGGGGUUAGAACCUCUCUCCCAAGAGAGGGAGAACCAGUGGGGUGAUAGGGCUGGAACACUGUACCAAACUGGGGCCAAUGGGGAAACAGGGGAAGAGAGGCUUAUAUAAAAGGUAGAAAGGGGUGGGAUGGCCAACAGGGUAUAUAGAAUUGGGGUACAUUAAAAUGGCAGUGCAAAGAGCUAUGGGGGAAGGCCUUUUUCUUAUUAUACCUCUUUCUUUUCCAUUUUAUACCUCGGAGGCUUCCCUCCAUGCCAUCACUACCCUUGACACUGGAGCAUCCACAAUUCUCAGCAUUCUGUAGAGGUGUUUUUUAUGUCUGAUUUAAGCUGAGGUUUUGGGUAUGCCUGAUUUAAAGCCCAGGUUACAUUAAGAAUAUUAAUUUGUCUUUGUCAAAGGGUCAGGAAGAUAUAGAAAAAUAUGCAGCCUUGUACAUUAUGAUAUUGAUUAUUAAUAAAGAAGGACAUAGAGAUUGUGUCUUGGUGCUGAUUGUACAAGAAGUUUGAAAUUUUGCACAAGACUUAAGACUAUUAUCUCUGUACUCAUUCACCACUCCUAGUUAUAGCUCAGUAGUUAGAGAGGAAUGUUUGAAACAUUUCACUCAUGAAUUUCUGACUUGCCUAGACUGCUUGUUUUGUCUCUUCAUAAUCAUCUUUCAGCUGAGCCUGUGGAAUAUGGAAUUUUAUUAAAUGGUGGAUACACAGCUCAUUAUUUCUAGGCUGCUGAAGUCAUUGCAGUCCAGAAGAGUUGUAAUUUUCCUUUCUGCAAUGUGUGACAAGUACAAGAUACAGAGAAUUUUGAGGCAUCAGCAGAGAGGUAAACUUUGAAUACCAUUUGGUUAAGUUCCCAAGUACAAUUCUUGUUCUCUCGUCAUUAAGCAACUUCCUUUCCAUGUCUUGUCAACUGUACUAAAGGUGAUCAAUUUCAGCUUUGAAUGAAUAUCUGUAAUCAACAGAAAUGGGUGAAUUAAAUCAGAAAAAAAGA